UUUUAUAAAUCAUUGUAUGAUUGUUGAGUAGAAAACUGUGUGGAAAACACAUUGAAAAUGAGUGAGGGGGACAUUAAUAGACCACUGGAAAAUGGUUUCCACCGUCCGGUAGCGGAAAAUGUAGAUGAUAUAACUUGGAUAAAUAAGAUGAACUCUCAAAUCGGCUACCAGAAGAUAAAGUCUCAAGCUCAGCAACUGAAGCAGGAACUCCAGCAGGCUUUUACCCAGGAACUGGACAGUCUUGUGGAUGGGUUUAUAGAGGAAGUGGAACAGAUGGAGGGAAAAGAGGGUCUGUCUAACAAUGUCAGCUUCUCAGAUCUUCGCUCCAGUGUUUCAGACUUAAGGCAUGAAAAUGUAAUCAAAAAGAAGAGGGAGGGAGGUGAACUUCCAGAUAAGGAAUUUAUGCCCAGGAAUUCAGUGUUAACAGAUUUGUUUAGAAUAAAAGAUGUGAAGACCAUCUACCAUAUUUUUGUGGCUAUUUUGAUUGUGUUCAGUCUCAAUACUCUAGUGUAUGAUCUCAUCAAUGAAGGGAGGUUAAAUCUCAGCUUUGACCUGAUACAGUAUGGAAUGGGAAAGUUCUCUAAAGUCAUGGAGUUGUGGGUCAGCAUGACCUUGUCUACAUUAUUAGUGGUCUACCCCGGCUUCUACUACUGGUCAAUGCACAGAAAACCAGGCAGAGUGGGUGGAUAUGACAUCGCUGCAGGAUGUGUCUACAUUCUCUAUCAGCUGGUUUUUCUUGUGUGGCCCGUUAAGUACAUCACAGACAAUGCCUUACCCCCAGGGUCCAGUAUCAUUGUCACAGCUGAACAGAUCAGAUUGAUGAUGAAAGUCCAUGCUUUUGUGAGAGAAAAUGCCGCUAAAGUUUUAGCAUUCAAAAAAGAUGAUAGUUCUGAGGAUCACGUUUGUCCUGAUUUCUCCAAGUAUCUGUAUUUCCUCUUCAUCCCAACUCUUGUCUACAGGGACUCGUAUCCAAGGACACAGAAGAUUCGCUGGAGUUACGUGGUCAGUAACUUGGGACAGGUGCUUGCUUGUCUGUUCUACACAUAUUACAUCUUUGAGAGGUUCCUAGUGCCCGUGUUCCGUAACUUUGGCCGUGAACACAUAACAGCCAAAGCUUUGAUCCUGUCAGUGUUUGGAUCCAUGUUGCCUGCCACUCUAGUCUUAGUUUUGGGUUUCUUUGCUAUUCUUCAUUCCUGGUUUAAUGCCUUUGCUGAAAUGAUGACUUUUGCAGACAGAAUGUUUUACAAGGACUGGUGGAAUUCCACAUCAUUUGCUAGCUACUACAGGACUUGGAAUAUUGUUGUACAUGACUGGUUGUACACUUACAUCUACAAGGAUGCUUUCAAGCUUUUCCCCAACAAUCGUUCCCUUGCCAUGGCUUGUGUGUUUUUGAUCUCGGCUGUUGCCCACGAGUACGUGUUGAUCAUGUGCUUCAAGUUUUUCUAUCCCGUCUUGUUCGUCAUGUUCAUGGGAGCUGGGUUUGGCUUCAUCUUCUUUAAAGGCGUGGGUAGGGGUUGGAAUGUGUUUCUGUGGCUGAUGUUGAUCAUGGGAAAUGGAAUGUUGAUGUGUUUGUACAGCCUAGAAUGGUAUGCUCGACAGAGGUGUCCAGAGAAUACGGACAACUUUUUGGAUUAUCUCAUUCCUCGGUCAUGGACCUGUGACUUUGAAGCCAUGGAAAACUGAACAAUUUUUUCCUUACAAUUUGGUUUUCUCCAGCAUGUGCAAUAAAGUUAAUAUUUUAUGAAAUAUACACCAGAAAACGAUAUUAUUAAAUUCUAGGAAGUGAUUGAAGUACAUGUAAAUUGUACAUGUGUUUACAUGAUAAGUAUGUGAAGUUUGUCAAGGGUUUAAAGAGAGUGCUGCUUGUACUGUACAUCCUAAAGCUCAGGUUGAUAGCAUAAUAUUCCUUUUUGUACAUUACAUGAUUGAGGUUCUUUUUCCUGUACACAUGUACAUCAGUAACAAUUUAUAUUAUCUGCAUUGUCACCAAGUGAAAUUUGUCAAAAGCCAUCACAUUUCUUUUGUGAUUAUUAAUGUUCAUUGAUCACCCUGGUAGAAAUACUGCAGUGCCUACAUUAAACAAAACAGUAUAAUAAGUACCGAUAGCUUAUUUUUAAUUCAGUAGAUUUGAUUUUUGUGGUUUACAUGUAUGUUCUAAUAUAUAAUACAUGUACCUUUAUUUAAGAAAAACCAUCAAUUAGCAAACACUGAAUUAAAUAUCAAAAUCACAAGAACCAUCAGCAAUAUUUAUAGGGAUUCACAAUAUACACUGCAGAAUCAAGGUUGUCCUCAUGUUUUGAUUAAUAAGUUAGUCUUUGCAUUGAAAGUAAAAUUUAAUUAUCAUAUAAAUUGAUUAAGUGACAUUUAUCAAAAACAUAUAUUUAUUAGUUGUUUUUACAUUGUAAAUGUAAGAAUCAUUUAAGAAUUGGUAACAUAUUCCUGUAAGGAAGUUUCAUAGAAGUGCAAUUUUCUUGACCAUGUUCAUGAUUUAUACAAUUUUGAUUGAAAAAUUGUAGAUGGCAUGUACAAAAUAUAAUCAAAUGAAUUGUUUGCUAAAUGAGAUUUUGAAUCUUUAUGUGCCAUGAACAAAUGUGUAGCUACUGUGUAUAUUGUUUUCAACUGCUUUUCAUGGUAUACUUUUUUAAUGUGCUGCCUCGUAUUUCUACACCAAAACUUUAAAACAUUUAUAAACUCGUACAUCUAUUUAUUUGGCCAUGCAGAAUACAAAUAAUUGAUUUUUGAAAAAUUUUUUCAUGAGAUAUUUUGAUAAAAGUGUAAAAAUAAUUCUGUAAAAAUGUUCAUAUUACGUGUACUUCCCUUGUUGUAACUCUCGUGUAAUAGAAAGCAGGAAAAUUCAGAGGAGUGGAAACUAAGGAAAUGUGCUAAACUGACACAUGCAGAGAAAUGUUUUGUCAUUUAUUGUGAUCACUUAAUGUAAAAGAAAUAUAUUACAGGGAAAUUAUUAGUUUUAUCAAUUGGACUUCAAGGUGUAUGCAUUCAAGGAAAUAGGUUUUUUUUUUUUUUUACAUGUAUUGUGUAGAUUAAUUAUCAAUUUCAAAGCAAAAUUUUCUAGUUUUUUAAUGCUUUUUCUUGGGUACAUUAAAAAAAAACAUUUUCCAACAAAGAAAGUGGAUGGAAAAUGGUCUCUUCAGUCUUGGGUGCCACAGAAAUUUACAGUCAUAUGAUGUUCCUAAUUGUCAAACUUCUUUUAACAGAAGUCUCAGAUUCUUUAAAUAAGGGAGGCACUUUGAAUGUGUUUAAAUUGUUCUCAAUUUUUUUUUCCUGUGAUAACAUAUAUGUGUUCGUUUCUGUCUCAAAUUAUUUUGUAUUGAUUUUAGAUUAAAUGAUGAAAUAUUAUAUUUGGACCAAUGGUAUUACCAUAUAUAUUUUCACUUGUACAAUUCACAUGUACAUGUAUUUGAAUUCCAAUUUAAGCAUAGGUGUCCUGAACUUAUCACACUGUGCUGUUUGAAUUAGUCAGUUGUGUAUUUUCAGAGUAAAUGGUUGCCCCAAAAAUGUAUAUUUUUCUAAAAAUUGUCCUUUUUUAUUGAAAAGUACCGUUAGUAUAUAUAAUUAUGCAUAUGUAAUGAUUUAUUAAUGAUUUUAACUCUAUAAUGGAUAAUUUAUUUUUUUUUUGGAGGGGGGGGGGGGCAAAAAUUGUCUUUAAUGUGUGCCAGCUGGUCAUAGGCCUAAAAUCUCCAUUGUUUUCCCAAAGUGAUUGACAGAAAAAAAUGACCCCACAGAAAAAUGAUAGAUAUAAUAUUGAUGUUAAAUGAAAUAAUUUUCCUUCAACUAUGAAGUGUCCAAUUAGAUUUACAUGUUUACUGAUCUUUCAUUGUUUCAUUGUGUGAAUUUCUUGGCUGAAUACCAUAGAUGAUAAUGGAAGGUGUCCAAGGGAAAAGAUUAUUUUUAUUAGGCCUGAUUGUUAAUAUUUUGUGAUAUUUGUGAUAACCCAGUAAAGAUAUAAAAUACUGGGAUCUCCCCCUGCAAUAAAGUAUGUAAAUAUAUAUUUUCUAUGUGAUGUUUGAUUUAUACAAUGUAUAUACAAAACAUGAUAAUAAAAAUCUAAAAUUUAUUUUUGUUGGCGAUUACAGUACAUGUGCUUAUUUUGAACUCCCAAUUUCAAAUACAUGUACAUACAGAAAUUUCCUGCAUCAAUUACAUCUAUUCAUUCAGCAAAAAUGACCCUAUUCAGAACAUAUUU